AUGGGGCAGUUCGUGCAGUCGGAGUCGAAGAUGGUCGCCGAGCCCGAGGAGACGCGCGCUACCGUUGCGCCGAAGACGCCCGCGGCUGGAGGGGGAGAGGCGCCUGCCACUCCCGCUGCCGCGGCCGAGGACGUGGCGCGGGCGGAGGCGGGCGCGGAGGACGAGGAGGACGCCUGGCGGGAGCCGGCCGCGGAUAUGCUUGCCUUCCACAGCGAGCAUUUCUCGGAGGCCCAGCCGGAGGACGUCUUUCGGGAGCCCUCCUCGGACAUGCUCGCCUUCCACAGUGAGCACUUCGCGGAGGCCCAGCCGGAAGAAGACGAGGACGUCUGGCGGGAGCCCGCGCCAGACAUGUUCGCCUUCCACAGCGAGCACUUCGCGGAGGCGCGGCCAGAGGCCGACGAGGACUCCCGGCAUUGCGGCAUUUGCGGCGGCAGCUGGACGAACGGCCAGCGACCGCGCUCCCAGGACAUCGGCGUCAGCGUGCCCGGGAACGCUUGCGCUGGAUGGCUGCCAGGUGUCGGCCACGUGUCGUGGCCGCGUACUUGCGCUUGCUGUGCGACGGCUGGUACACCAAGCGGCGCUUUCAAGGGGUUGGCCUAUGUCACUGCGGGUGCGGCGCCCGCCACGACAGCAUCGUGCAUCACGCACGGUGCCCAGUGA